UCGAAGCCAACCUAGUCGGUGAGUGAAGGGUGAACAAGAAGCCGUCGUAUAGUGAGGCUUAGAGAACGCGACGGCCUACCCGCUGCAGUUCCCCAAAGAGCGAGAGUGUGAAAUUUCAUAGCGCAUCGGCCAUUGUUGUGUGACGAUGCGAUUCUCCCUGGCGGUGCUGCUGGUCGGCGUGGCGGCGCUCUGCGCGCUGCAGCCGGGCUGGGCCAAGCCGCACGUGAUGGCCGCGGGCGGCGGCACCAUGCUGGUGGUGCGCGAGGUGGAGCAGGAGUCCACCGACGUGGACGUGGUGCGCCGGGUGGCCGUCGGCGAGGUGCGCGACGAGGACAACGACGUCCUGGCCACGGACGACCAGGCGGACGAGACCGAGCUGGACGACGCCGGGGGCUUCGUCGUGGAGCUGGACGUGGACGUCGAGGACGCCGACAUGCCGACGACGCCCCGGCCGCCGCCCCGGUGCCACCUGCGCUGGUGCUGGAAGUCGUGCACGAAGCGGGGCUACAACUGGGGGCUGUGCCUCUGCAAGAAGUGCCACUGCUACUACUAGCCGCGCCACUGCGGCACCUGCGACUGCGUGUUUUCCAAAUAAAAUAAAUUUGUUUGUGUUUCGGAAA